AGUGAAAUGACCAAAGCAGUUUUUACUUUAUGUGCUAUAUCCUCCAUCAAAUUCAGUAAUUAUUUGAAUAUACUGAGUCCGAAUUACAAAAUAUCGUGUAUAUUAUUUUUUGUAUGAACAAAAUUUUAUUUACACAUGCAUGAGAGCGUCUUUUUAGGGCGGCUGUUGAGCUCCUUUUUUAAUGGCAGAAGCAACAUGAUAACAACCAUUGAUAUUAGCUCCACUACAUCACUAUGGAUCAGUCUGUGAAAACUACUCGCCCGAGUUUUAUUGCACAGUUUAUUUUGGUGAUGUCUAUUGUGAUAGCUCAAUAUGGAAUUAUGCUGUGCCUUGCUACCACUAGUAAGGUAGUUGAUUGUUUUGAAAUAAUCAAUGAUAAAUAUACAACCAAAUACUGGUUAAUGAUAUCGCACUCAUAUUUGAUAGGCUCAAUUAUCUUAGUUAGUGGUAAUCUUAUUGAAGUAUUUAAUCCGAAGCAAUUAUAUACCUUUGGAUUUGCCUGGUCUUCUAUAUGGAGUUUGUUACUUGGAGUAUUUAUAAUUUUGAAUUACAAGAUAGGUAUAAUAAUUAGUUAUUCUUUACUGGAAUUAGGAUUUGCUCUUAUUUUCCCCAGCGUAAUCAGUAGAUUAGGAGAUGCUUUUGACUAUACCAUGUUUAAGAAAAAUAUUAUUAGCAUAAUAUUCAUUGGGUCAAUGGGAGCUCCAUUCACGGUACUUGUUAGAGUACUGACAAAGCACAACAUGUUUUUUACUUUAUCCAUGAUAAGUGGUCUACUUGCUUUAUGGAAUGCAUAUAUGGUUGCAGACAUUUAUGGCAAUGAAACUCACAAUAAGCAGAUAUUUGAAAAGUUCAAAAUUGCAGAUUAUUACGGGCUUCCUGGAAUUAUCCUAUCCGGUUUUACGUCAUUUUGUAUUUGUGAAGUUUAUUUAACAGCAGGAAAUAUUUGGAUUACUCUUCUUAUAGUUGGCUCUGGACUUAUCAGUACAUUCAUUUUCCUACGAGUUAUCAUGGAAUCUUUGCUUCCUCAUGUAACAAUUACUUGGCAUUCUGGUUCUAUUAUCUCAUAUAUCUCCACAAUAAUCAUUACGUUUAUGAUUAUUUCGUGGUAUAUGUCAAUAAAUAUAUCUGAAGAUGCCCCAAAGUCGAUUCAUGAUACAAACUUUGAUGAUACGUACAUCAGAGCUUUUAGUCUUGUUUGGCAGAUUCUACUUUUGCUAAUUUUUAGAGUAAACUAUUCAAGAGUUAUACCGCUUGCUACUCUUAGUUUUAUAGCUGCGGCAAUCAUUUUAUCUAUUAUUGUAAAAAGAGAACAAAGUAGUUUCCACUUCUUAUAUAACAACAUUGCAUUUGCAAUUUAUUUGUGUUGUUCAAAAUUAUCCAUUGAGUUGUCGGAAAAGUUGCCAAAAGCACUAACAAGAAAAUUCGGUUCUAUAGUAGCCUUGAUAAUACAUUUAUUGAAUUCGAGUGUCUUAAUAAGUGUAGAGAUUCUUCUCGAAAGCUUCAAUCAAGCCGACACAUCUAAAAUGUUUGGCUGGAGUGUAUUCUCGGGAUAUGCUUCAGGGUUGUAUUUUGCUUAUUUUUUAUUUAUAAUGUUCCAAGGAUUUCAAAUGUAAAUAAUCAGAAUGAAUCAACAGAGUAAAAAUUAGAAGAGUCGUAGUUUUUGCAGUCUAAUAUAAAUGAUUAAUUAACCGUACACAGUAAAAAGAGAUUUGAAUUUUUCUAUUCGUAUAUGAUAUGAAAAUAACUGCCUUAUAUAGGAAAUAG